CUAAACUUGAGGUCAGUAAUGCCCAGCAUCUCCGAUGAUUACCAAGUAGGUAAUAUAUUUUGGGCGAAAGUCGGUUCACAUCCUUGGUGGCCUUGUAUGGUUUAUCAUUCCCCUGAUGGUGAUUCGUAUGUUAAAGAGAAGGGGCGAUCAUUCAUAUACCAUGUUCAGUUCCUUGGCCCUUUAGUAGAAAGAGCUUGGGUAUCUGCUAACAAUCUUAUCCCGUUUUCUGGCAAAAAGAAUUUUGACGAAUAUGUCCAAGAAAAGCUACGCAUAUCCAAAGACAAAGCUGAUAAAGUUAAAUUUGAAAGCAAAUCUGUAUCAAGUAGCAAAAGCAUUUGGAUUCAGUCGUGGAAAGAAGCUGAGGUUGCAAUGAACCUUACGGUAAACGAAAGAAUUGAAAGGUUCGGUCGAAUAUCCGUCAAACAGAAAUCUAGAAGGUUAAACAAAGCUGAAGAAGGAGAGCUCUUAGAAUUGAUGAGUAAUGUCCCUUUAACGAUAGAAGAGGAGGCGGAAUCGUUAGCAACCUUCUUGAAGGACGAAAUGGAAGUACGUUUGCAGAAAAAUCCUGAUCUGGAUAAGAAAAUGCUUGAGGAUGAGCUUAGAACCCAAUGGCCUGCACUUGAUAUAGCGGAAAAGCGCAGGUACCUGCGUGAUCAACUAGGUAUUUUUGAUGAUCCUUUGCAGCGGUUGGAAAAAAGCCGUAAGUGCAAAGAAGCAACAGUCACCAAAGCCAAUGAAUCUGCAACCAAAUGCAAAGAUCGUACUUCUAAGUCGAGUAAAAAAUCUGUUUCGAGUAAAAAACAGUCGGAAACCCAAGAAUUUGACAUUGAAAUUCAUCGUCUUAUAGUAUCGCCAGCACAGUAUCGUUUGCAACCAGUAUGUCCAGUGUGUGAAGUUUAUUCUAAUGCUCCUGGUCAAAUGUUUCAGUGUCAAGGUCCGUGUGGUCGAAUUGUUCACCCUCAUUGCAUGAGAUAUAAAACUCCACCACCUGCAGAAAAUUGUCGCCCUGAGAAAUUCCGUUGUCCACAAUGUCUUAUCGGCGAGUUCCUCUGCUCGAUAUGUGGUAAACCAAGCGAAACAGGAUCCAAAGAUGGUGCUGGUCAGUUGUACGCGUGUCAGGUUAUUAAUUGCAGCAGGCACUUCCACCGAGACUGCCUAUCAGGAUGGCCUGGGAUUCUCACAAGACCGUCGGAUAAUGUAACUACUCGGACUGCAACUUUCCAAAUUCUUCGUUGCCCUGCCCACACCUGCAAUACAUGCUAUUUGGAAUCUAAUGAAACUAAUUGUCACCCAUUAAAAAAGCCAAGUUCCAGUGAAGGACCAUUUUUGGAAUGUGUUCGAUGUCCAGCUGUAUUCCAUACAGGUGAUUUGUGUACACCAGCUGGUUCAGUUGAAGUUUCACUUUCUCAUAUUGUAUGCCCUAGACACUUUGAUGAAUCUCUAUUAACUUUGUCAAAUUUUAAAACUCAGCAUCCUAAUUGGUGUUUCCAUUGCUUUAAGCAUGCAUCUGAACGUAUCGAAUGUCAACUUUGUCCAACUACAUAUCACAAGGAUUGCUUCGAACCUUCAUUCGGUAUUUUAACUGAUGAUAAAUUUGUUUGUCGAUCCUGUCGGCGUGGUGUUUUUCCAAGAUAUGCUCAAAUUAUUUGGGCAAAAAUACCUGGAUUUCGUUGGUGGCCAUGUGAAAUAAUUCAUGCUCGAAACGCUCCUAUAAAUAUAUUAAAUAUGGCUCAUCCAGAAGGUUCAUUUCCUGUGCAUUUUCUUGGUUCAGAAGAAUAUCAGUGGAUUUGUCGUAAUCGUGUAUUUCCUUAUGAAAUUGGCUUACAAACUAGCGCAGCAAAAGAUACAAAUGGAUCGAAUAAAAUUGAAAAGGCAUUCUCACGAUCAUUACAUCGAGCUCCCAAAGCACAUGCUAUAUAUGUCAAUCAUGUAUUAAAACAAGGCCUACCACUUAUUUCAAUGCAUGCUGAACAACUGCCUGACAACGAACUAAUAUCGUUAAAUGCACUAAAUGUGAACACAAUAAUUGAUCCUAAUACGGAAGAUGAUCAAUUAUCUAGUGUACUUAAAAGCUUCGCUUUAAUCGAAGCCAAUAUUUAUACAGAUGAAGAUUUGAUUGAAAACAUGAAAAAGGCCUAUGAAUCUCUUACUGUAUGCGCUUGUAAAUCGUCCGUUGUUGCAAACAGUGAAACUGUCAUCAGCUCUAAUUUAUGUUCAAUUAAUAACACAUGCCAUCAUUUCUUGUCUAGAAUUGAAUGUAAACCAAAGAUUUGUUCAUUUCAUGAAACAGAUUGUGGUAAUCGACGAUUCAGUUUACUUGCAAACACUACUACUAUGAAGAAAGAUGAUAAGUGUUUAUUUAAUGUCGUGCGAACUAUUAAUCGAGGAUAUGGUUUGAAAACUUUGGCUUCAUUUCAAGAAGGUGAUUUAGUCAUAGAAUAUCUAGGUGAGGUGAUAGAUAUUGCAGAAGCUAACCGUCGGAUUAUUGAGGCACUUGGUCCUGAUGCAUUGUCUAGCAUAACUUCAUCACGUAAAGGUUUCCACCCACUGUCGGUAACCUAUCUAGCACGAUUUAGUCCACAGUUGAAUUUAGUCUUAGAUGCUGGAACUAAAGGCAAUCUAAGUCGAUUUAUUAAUCAUUCAUGUGAACCAAAUUUAAUUGCUGAAUGUUGGACAGUUGACGGACUGUUUGCCUGUCGACCUAUAGAAGCCAAUGAAGAACUAACAAUCAAUUAUAUUAAUGCCCAAAUUCUUUCAACGGAUCUUAUGGCUGCCAGUUGUUUGUGUUUAUGUGGAGCUGAUUCUUGUAUAAGUACAUUACGCUUACCUACCGCAUUUAAACUAUAUGAGGGAACAGUAAAUGAAAAUUUUCAAAAUUCACGUGUUAUGGAGAAAAGAAAAUCUAAAAAACUAGACGAAUCAACACUUCCUUUGGAAGGAUCAACUACAAACAACAUAUCUCAUUCAAAAUCACCAACCCCUGUGAAAAGUUGCGAAGCUGCAACACCCUCAGUAACUUCCCUUUUAGCUGCUGCCGUUUCACAACUUACCACUCAACGUGAUCGUGUUCCACUUAUUAGUCCAGCAACCAUUGCUGCACGUGCUGCAUCAUCAUCGAUUUCUUUAAAUAGAACAAAUUCAGACAAAAAUCAUUCGACGCAAACAAAAGUGGAAGAUAGUGUUGAAUCGAAUUUAGUUGGUUUUAAUCCCGCUCUCCAUGAAGAUUUUUGCUAUAGAUGUGGAGACGGUGGUGAAUUGAUACUAUGCGACAAAUCAACUUGCUCUAAAUCGUAUCAUUUAAAUUGUCUUGGUCUCUCUGCACCGCCAUCGGGUAUAUGGUAUUGUCCAUGGCAUUAUUGUGAUUUAUGUGGUCGUCCUUCAAAUCAUUUAUGUUGGAGAUGUCCUAAUUCAUACUGUGAAGAACAUGCUAAUCCUAAUUGCAUACAAGUUGAUAGUUUGGAUAGUGAUCGUUGGAAAUUAGCUAAAUCUAGUUUGAAUAACAUCACUAAUUCUUCCAUAGUAUUCAGUGUUCGAUGGAUAUGUUCAGAUCAUUUCGGUUUAAAGAUAUAUGGACCAGAUUACCGACCGGUACUAUGUUCUGAUUCAAAUAUUCCCACUAAAAAAGGUGCAGUUAGUAAAAAUUCAGAUAAAUUGUCAAGUGAAGCUAAACAACAACAAAAUGGUGAGGAAAACAACCUACUGACAUGUUUCAUCAACGAAGAAGAGAGAGAAGUUGAAAAUAUGAUCCCAAAGACACCUGAUGCCAGUGAUUCAAAAAUUUCUACCAUAUUUAAUGAUAUUACCGCUUCUACACUUGCCACUCCUACUACUACAUCCACAGCAGUUAUUAACUCUAAUGAUGAUAGUGAUCAAAAACUAGAGCCCAGACGCUUAGAGCCUCUUAAAGUAACACUAAAACGCAAACUUAAAGCUGAAUUAGCAGCCAAAGAAAAUAAUGCACUGUCUGGUCCAAAUGAUGAAAACAAUGUACUAAGCAAUGCAAUGGAUACUUCUAAUAAUACAAAUAAUAAUAGUGCCGUGACAACAAGUUUGAGCAGCAACAACCAUAGUUUCGGUAGUCGUAAACGCUUAGCAGUUAACAGCCCUUUAACAGAUAAAAAAAGAACACGUCUGUCAAGGGAUAAUACUUCGAAAUAA